AUGGACAGUGUCGUUGCAAGUGAUGUAUGGUUCACUCAAAAAAGUGAUGUUAUGGGUCAGUUAGGUUUAUUGCCCCUACAAAAGUGUACAGCGGCUAUUCGAAUGCUUGCCUACGGGGUAGCGGCGGAUUCACUUGACGAGUAUGUGCGAAUUAGUGAAAGCACAGCUCGAAUAUCAUUGAUGAAAUUCACGAAGGGGGUCAUCAUGAAAUUUGGUGCGGAGUACUUGAGACGGCCUACUCCAGACGAUUUGGCUAGACUACUCAGAUUCGGUGAAGAACGUGGAUUUCCGGGCAUGGUUGGCAGCAUAGAUUGUAUGCAUUGGGAAUGGAAAAAUUGUCCGACUGCAUGGAAAGGACAAUAUCAAGGAAGAGCUGGUGUUGCUACUUUAGUUCUUGAAGUUGUUGCUGAUCGUGACUCAUGGAUAUGGCAUUCUUUCUUCCGGAUACCAGGUUCGUGCAAUGACCUAAAUGUUCUUCACCGAUCUCCUGUGUUUAGGGAUGUUUUAGAAGGUCGAGCACCACCUGUGCAGUUUACGGUGAAUGGUAACCAAUAUGAUAAGGGUUAUUAUCUCACUGAUGGUAUAUAUCUGAAUUGGGCAACAUUCAUUCAAUUAGUUACAUGUCCUCAAACUGUCAAGGACAAGUUAUUUGCUCAACACCAAGAAGGAGCGCGAAAAGAUGUAGAGAGAGCAUUUGGGGUGCUGCAAUCUCGGUUUGUUAUUGUUCGUAGACCAUCCCUCGCAUGGAAUGAGGAAAUUCUCAAUGACAUCAUGUUGUCUUGCAUUAUCAUGCACAACAUGAUUGUGGAAGAUGAACGAGAUAUGUAUGCACACUAUGCAGAUACUACUGAAUUCACUACCAACAUAAGUAAUAAUGGGGACGAAUUUGAAUAUUAUCAUGAUCGGAUCGUAGAUAUCAACUAG